CCGGGUGACGGCUGGCCAGUUUUGGCCAAGUAUUCUUUGUCUCUGUAAUGCUCAUGCGCGUAACCUGGUUGGAAAUUUGCUGGAGCUGACUGAUGUCCCAGGUCAACGGCGCUGGUGUCUCACUCAGUACCAGUAUUACCCCGUGGAAUAGGACUCCAGGCAAACCAGGUACUGGUAGCAGUAAUAUAGGUUCCUUGUCUUCAAACCGCUGGAACAACAGUAAAGUUACACUAAACCUCGCCACAGAAACCACUCUCGACGCAUCUGCAGAAGAACAUACCGAGCAAUCCGUCGUUGGGGGCUCGGAAGCUGGACAGAUGUGGCCACCUCCAAUGUUUGAUGCCGCAAGAGUCACGGAUCCCGCCACCGGUGCAUUCACUACUGGUGUGGAGGCAACAAGUAGCACGAAUCAGUGGUCGAUAUCUGACUUUUCGGGAACAGCAGGCUCCAAUUCCUUACUUGGCGAGCCCGGGAGCACUGCUGCACCCAGUUGCACCGGUUGGUCCCUACAAAAUAGCUCCACAGUUUCUUCCGUACCGCGCGCAAUCACCGGGCAACAAACCCACUCCACCCUUGUCACAGACUCAGACCCUUCUCGUCGGUACUUGAGCGGUUCGCGGACUAAUGCAUGGCCCCUCAAUUCCGAUUCGCCAGAAUUCCCUGGAGAUGAGCGAAAUAACUUACCACUUGCUCUUUCCAAAUUGAGUGUCAGUGGUGCCGUCCCGUCUACCGGAUGCUUUCAACCUAUUCACGAUUUCACUGAUAACCAACUUUUGACUUGCACCUCCAAGCCGGGUGACCUUUCGACCGACCUAACCGACUGCCAGAAAGCAAAAAAGUCCAGUGUUGAUAGCGCGGAAGUUGAAGCAUUGUUUGCCACUGACCCUGAGGAAGCCGUCCGGUCGAUCGUGAACACAACAGAACCCUGGGGUAUCCAUCCAGUUGACCAAAGCACCCCAUGGGAUACUUCGGAACUCAACGAUGUCAGUAAUACAGCUACAUGUGGUUCUCCCUCAGUCGACGUAGCGAAUGCGACUGCCCGUGGAACCAGUGGCAUGUUCGACGGUCAAACAUCAACGGUCCAACAACCGCGUCGUAUCGGCUCAUUGAGCGGGUCCGCAAUGGGUCGUGAUCUUGAGUCCAAUGUCUGGCCCAGUGAACCUCCUAAUGGCACAGGAAUCUGGGAGUCUCAUUAUGAAAACCUUGGUGAACGGACUGCGCGUUGGCAACCGAGUGUUGGCUCUAAUAUCAAUCAAUCGGGCUUUUCUUCUCUCCCGGGAACCCAUGCAGGUUUUGUUGGCCCAAGUGCAUCCAAUCCUCGACCACAGCUACCUCCGGGUUCAGAAAGCGGUUCCAGUUUCCGUGGUUUCGCACGUCCAACUUCAGGUUUAUUUCCCAGUGCAUUAUCCAACCCCUCUGGUAUUGGUGCGAGACCCGUUGCAGGUGCACCACACGCCAUUGGAACACCACUACACAAUGUAUCCCCAUCAACUGGAUCUAACCGCGGAUUCCCGUUAGUCAGCUCCCCCAAUCUUGUCACACCAAAUGGUCCUUGGCCUUUUCCCUCAUCAGCCACACCAGGCGAAAACACAGCUCCUGGUGUGGGUCUUGGUAAUAAGGGGAGAUGGUCAAACACCCACUUCAAUCGCUUGGCUGGGAAGCAACAACAGCAACAACAUACAUUCCCUCAUCUGCUGUCUAAUCCAAACGGAGCAGGAAUGCGCUGGCCUCCACUCGGCAACGUUCCGCAGAUGCCAGGCGGCUGGCCGUUGACUGACCCAAGGCGGCCAAGUCUGAUGCCAGGUGGUUGGUCCACACCUCCUUCGACCGAGACAUCCGGCUAUUUCAAUCCGUCGCAUCCAAUCCUACCUCCCCGUAUGUGCCAACCUGGCUCUGUUGCCAGCGAUUUUCCCACACCCAUCAUCCCACCACCACGCAAUGCCACGGGUGUCGCCAAUCAGCAACCGUUCAGAACUCCCCACAGUGCCUUCUACCCUGCUUUGGGUUCUGGGUUAUCGCCCUCUUCAUCGGCUGCCCAACGCAUGUUUCUCAGCCCGCAGCAACAUUCACAACAGCUUCAACAGCAAAGUGUACUCCGUGCUAAUGCGAUGCGCCAACUCGUAAAUCUGGGGUUUGCUGAUGAAGAAGUCCAGGCCAUCUUUUCUGAUAUUAACACAAAUGUGGAACGUGCCCUGAUGGACCUCCGCGACCGUACAUGUCAUCCGGGGUUGGACGAAAUCAUAAAGUCGUUUACUAACAGUGGACUCAUGCAGAUGGGCAACUUAGAGGAUGCCGUGACUGCAGAGCAACUUUCUAACAGCCGUCCAGUAAAUUUGCGGUCGUCACAGCACCCGAACACAUAUGACCAAUCAUUACCUAAGACGAAUUUAUCUGCUGCUGGUCUUCCUGCAGAAAAUUUGGAGUUAUCGCUACAUGUUUUACAGCAACGAGAAACUCAAAUUUUGCAAACCAUAAUGCAGUUGCAAUCAAAACACCAAGAGCUCAAUGGAAAACUCAAACAACUCCGCACUGCUAACGUUCAGUUUGCCACGAACCCGGUGAUGCAAGAACUGCAAUUGCAGGCGAUUCAAGUGGCUUCUCAGAUUGAGGCACAACAUGCUCAACUAAAACACGUACGCAGCCAAGCUGGAAUGAUCAAGCAAAUCACUGCCUCAACCAAUUUGUCACAUUCACCGUCUCAGCCACUUCCUCAACAGCAGAACACCUUCAACUCGGUGUCCAGCACAGGUGCUUUCAAUAUCCUCUCUUCAGGUGGUUGGCCCUCUACUAAUCCAGCUGCAGUAGGGGGACUACAACGGGCGCCCCAAAUAUUCGAUCAGUUCACCGGAACAGAUCAGCCUUUGGAUGCAGGUGCUAUCCCAGACUCAGGUCUUAAGAUCGGGUCUGGUGCCUUUUUAUGGGAAUCUAGCCCUUGGUCCGGCUCAGCUCCUCGUGCCUCCGUCGAUCCAUAUUCUAAUGCUGUUGAUCGGCGGUGGUCUUCGUCAGCCUAUCCAAAUCGUCCUCCCUAUGGUGCUCUUGGAGAUCCUCGGUGGUCUGACGUUGGAGGUAGUGAUCCGGGUGCAGGUGUUGUUUCCUCCGAUCCACAGCGUCAGUUUGGUGAUUCAAGCGACGAACCAAGUGGGGACGUACGUCAGGCAGCUUCCAAGUCUUGGUUACUCGUCCAUAAUAUCCCACCACAUGUGUCUGUCGGCGUGUUAAAACUAGCUGUUUCUAGUGCCCUGAGCAAACAUAUCAAAGCAACAACUGGCAGUGACAGUAGCAACGGAACACAGCCGGAUUUCGAGCUUCACCCACACAUGGCAGCCCGUUGGGUAUUGCUUGGGUUUUCGACCACAUCUGAGGCGGCAGUAGUGCAAGAUUGUCUGGAAUCUUCUGGUGGGGAACAAAACAGUGCUCACUAUGGCUCAGUCAAACCAAUACCACCUGGAGAAGUACUGCUGCGUUUACAGGAUAUACAGUCCUUAGUGUCCCGCUUCAAAGGCAUCGGAGUGGAUUCCACAACAGCCACGGGGAUGCUUCGUUGUGGCGCGCAAGCAAGUUCAAUGCUUUCCUUCGGUUCCUCAGGUACUGGUGGGAUUGGCAGUGGAGAUGUUGCCGCCGUCGUUCCCACUGGUGUCACUACAGAAUCUACUGACGCCACCGCUCAUACCAACGACACUUGAAUUCCUCCAUAUCUGAGUUCACUAGAAUUAUGCCGCUCAGCCAUCUUUGAUUCACUCUCCGUCCAUCCACACGGCUGUUUUGUACCAUGUCAUACGUGACUUUUUGGGUGAACCACCAGCUUCUCUCAUUCGGUUGACAAUUACCUCACUUAUCGCUUCAUGAUCCGGUCUGUUUUUGGACAUCGUCCCACACAGGCCAUCCUUCCUGUCCCGAUCAACGGUAUAGCACAGUUAACAUAUGAGUUCUAUGUGAUCUGCAUGUUUUAUUUGCAUCGCCAAUGAGUAGAUCGCUAAUCAAUGAGUCCAAAAUGAACUUGUGACAAUUUCGUUUUCUAGCAUCCAAUCCGUGCUACCAUGCUAGUCGCACCAGUUCAUUUCCAGACCCUAAUUAACAAGCACGUUGCACAUUCGAUAAUCGUUAUUUUUCUAUGUGAUCGACCACCAAACCUCCGCCUCUCUCUUUCUAAUUCCCGCUCGUUCUGCUAACCGUACUUGUUUAGUAAUGCUUUCGUACCCUGUUUGCCAAAAGUGUGGAGCAGAUUCGUGCUAUUUUACUCCCACUGUCCCACGGACUUCCAUUGGUCAAAAUCAGGCCAGACCUAGGCUCCUUUGGCGGGCACGUCUCGUGCAACCUCCCGGUUCGUCGGUUAUCUCCAGAGAUCUGGACGCAUUUGAUUAGCGGCAUGAAGCCCUCACCAUUUCCAUCUCGAAACUAUUCGUCCGCGCGUUUUCAGUUAUCCGAACUCUUACAUUUCUAGUUUCCGUUGACUACUCUUGCCCGCCUACCCGAGCCUAUUAAUCUGCUCCAGAAUCGUUUUCGUACAUUUUACACGUUUUGAGUAUCUACUGUUGCUCGUGCCUCCCUUCGCCCAUAUGAAUCCUUCAUAUGAAUUAUAGUCGUCGAUUCACUGUCGCCUUUUCUGUGGGCAAAUUCAUUAUGUAGUACUGUGUCCAGUACUGUGUGAUUAGUUUUCUCUCGGGUUUCUUACAGAUCGUCUACACAUUUACCUCGUACACUCACAUGUCCAGGUCUUACCAUUACUAUUAUUACUACAGGUUGCGCAGCACAUAUGUCUCUUGUUCAUUUUUUCCAGAGUUUGGUUAUUUUCUCUCUCUCUCUCCCGUCUUUAUUCUCGUUUUCUCUGCAUAUCCAUAUCGCGUGCAUGCACCCCCACAGCGAUAUGGUAUUUUGCCUAUUCACCACCGUAUGCGUAUACAUAUAUUUAUACUUUGUUCUCGAUAUUGGUCUGAUCGAU